AUGGACUCAACAAAGAAAUGUGACCUCAAUUGCACUAUUUUGCUCAGUAGUGUGAACAACCAGGAGCUCAAGUAUCCCUCGUUUCCGCGAGAAGAUCAGAUAUCCUCAAACACUCGUGACGUGCAAACCAUGGCCAGCCACACAAACACACAAGCUGACAUCGCGAACGAUUUCUCGUCGUAG